AUGAAUAUCCAGGAGGCUGUGGAGGCGCCCCGCUUCUGCGGGUACAGCUUCCCCCAGUCGCCGUGGCCCCACGAGGAAUAUGCCAAUUUCCUGGAAAUCGAGGGGCGAGUGCCGCAGGACCUUGUCGAUGCCCUGAUUGACAAGGGACACCAGGUAAAGGUCAUCGGCCCGUGGGGGAUCAGCAACGGUUUUACUCCCAUCCUGGUUAAUCCAAGCGACGGUGUUUACUACGGUGGCGCCGACCCCCGUAAGGAGUCGGUCAUGCUGGGUUGGUAG